AUGUCCUCAGGGUCUCUCAACACCUUCAACGGUCGCAACCAGCCCGUCACCAUUAUCGGGCCCGAUGGCUCGACCGAAGUCGUCGUCCCUCUGUCCUCAUUCAACUACUUCCACACAGCUGCCACCUCGCUCUCCAUCCUAUAUGGCACGCAGCUUGGCGCCUGUCUGAUCAUGUUGGCCGUCGUGCUGGGCAUGACACCGCACAAACGUCUGCGCCGGCUCUCUACCGUCAUCAGUAUCCUCUCGCUCUUGCUCAACUCCGUUCGUACGCUGCUCUUCAGUCUCUAUUUCACCUCCUCCUGGAGUGAUUUUUAUGUCAUCUUCACCGGGGAUCGGAGCACCGUGAAGCAAGUUGAUCGUAAUAUGAGCAUCACGGCGACGUGUCUCAGCAUCCCGAUGACGGUGUUGAUUGAAGCUGCGCUGAUCGUGCAAGCGUCGUUGAUGAUCCAGCUAUGGCAGACGUUUUGGAAGGUUGCUGCCAUGAUGUUGUCUGUUGCGCUGGUUCUUACGACAAUUGGCUUCAACUUGGUGCAGACGGUCUUUCAGGUGCGCGCGGCGCUUGUAGUUAUGGAUCUCGUACCCUACACCUGGAUCAGGAAGACAUACGUCGGAUUGUUCACCUCCUCGAUCUGUUGGUUCUGCUUUCUCUUCAAUGUCCGUCUCAUAAUGCACAUGUGGACCAACCGCAGCAUCCUGCCCUCCAUGAAGGGUCUUAAGGCCAUGGACGUAUUGGUUAUUACCAACGGUGUUCUGAUGUUUAUCCCAGUCGUCUUCUCAGGCCUAGAAUGGGGCGAAUGGGCCAAGUUCGAAGCCGCAUCCCUCACCCAAACCUCUGUCAUCCUCGUCCUCCCCCUCGGCAUUCUCAUAGCUCAGCGCCUGGCCAACCCUCACUGGUUCGGCACCGAAGCUGCAAGCCACCCCUCGACGGGCUUAUCCGGCCUUGGUGGCUCUGCAGGUCCAAGUCUCGGUACCAACCCCUCUUCGACGGUCCAUACUCCUCCCGCGCAGACUUCAACAAGCUCGAGGAGGCAUCUGAUCAAUAGACAUGGAAGGAAGGAGUUGACUCCUACGGCUGGCUCCGAUGUUCUCAUGUAUCAUCAAGGCUUUGGCACUGCCCGGGGAGUCAUAACACAGAUUGAGAAGGGACCGAUGGCCGGAUACGGUCAUGGACAUGGGAAUUGGAAUGUUGAAGAAGAGGAUCGGAUCUUACCUGCUACUGAUCUGGGCGGGGUUAGGGUUGACUAUAAGAUUGAGAUAUUUUCGAGGGAGGCUUCUGGGCCUUCGCCGGUUGCGGCUGCGACGGCGGCAAUGCCUCAGAGGAAGAGGGAGGACACUACUCCACCAAUAACAACGACCGACUUCUCUAUCCUAAACCCCAACCUCGCCCCUGCGCCACUCCGACUGCCAAGGAAGAAUCGCUCCUCCGCGUCGGGAAGAGGGAACAAUGGAUCGGCGAUCUCGAUAGGACGUGUGAGCUCUGUAUCGCCGGCGCUUGCAGCGCUCGUCUCGAAAUUCGAAUCGUUAGAUGCAGUCGCAAGCACCGAGGGACGAGGACUGCGUGCUGAAGCAACUCUCAAUGUAGCCGCCAGAUCGCUGUUGCGGUCGUCGCUCGAUGGACAUAGAUCCUCGAGUGACGAGGGCCAUUCAGCAGGAGUUAAGGAUGGAACUUCGACUCUUCUUGAUUCAGGACGUGAUAGCCCUGGGCUAGAGACCCAUCGGUCUGAUAAGUUUGGCGACGAUGCCAGAGAAUCUUCCUGCGAUGCCUAUACCACCUUCUCUUUAACACACUCGACCCUCCAUGUCUCGCAGCAUUCCCUUCACCAUCCCUCAGCACUCACGACACCAGCACACAAGCUUGGACUCGAUGAUGCGACUUGCGAUCCUUCCCUGAUACCAAGCAAGCCACCCUGUUCUGCACAGUGCAAAUCACAAGAGUCCAGUGACGACUCCCAAGGUGAGCUCUUCCUCGAACACAUCCGCCUCCGCCUGGUGCACAGAACAAAGAGUCUCAGUGUCGCAGACUUGAGGAGAGUCUUUGAUCAGCCACAGGCUGGGUUGGAUGUCAAGAAAAUCAAGCCUUUAGUACCUAGGACUCCUGCCACUGCACCAGUACCUGCGCCUGCUUCGCCGCUCCUGGCCAGACAUUGGAAGAGGACGAAUAACAGUACAGAUGAGAAUGGGAAUGGGAUGAAUCCACUGCUAAAGGCGAGGCCAAGCCUGCCUAUGUUGGCGGAGACGACUGUUGCGAGCAGUACCAGGAGGGUAAUGAGGACGAUUAGUUCGCGAUGGAACGUGCUGCAGCCCCAAGGAGAGAAGAGAGGUGUCGAAGGAACAAAGGACGAGGGGACGCCUGUUUCGGUCAAGGACAAGAUCUUCCUGUUUGAGGAUCAGAAGAAUAAGAACAUUCACGAGGUGUAUAGACCAACGGGAAUAGAUGAGGCGUUGGAUUUAGACAUGAACUGGAAUCGACGGGAUGGAAGUUCCAAAACAACGGUCAGGGUUGAAGACAAAUCCCUAUCGAUGGAGGAACCAACAAGAUGCACAGAAACCCUCAAGAGGAAAUCCUUCACCAGCAAAAAGGUCAGCCGCCUUUUCUCGGGCAGCAGAAGCUCGGAAUCUCAACCCCAAGAUGAGCCCAAGUUGAAGCUCCCACUCUGGCGUCGCCAUCCCUCCCCCAACAGUGCUUCAUUCUCGACACGCCAACAAGCGCCUAAGCGAUCGUUCUCCCUCCGCGGAACUUUCAAAAAAGAACCCAAACCAGAGGAAGACGCCGCCACGGAAACUCCAGAAAAGGAGGGCCAUCUCAGGCACGAUACGGGCCAGGGCUGA